AUGGAUUACAGCGAGACUGGGAUGGGCGAACAGCCCACACCGAUUAGCCCUGGGAACAAUAUUCAUCAUUAUCCGUGCAACAAACCGGGAUGUUCUCGCUGGAAAAUACAACAACCUCAAUCGGCUCUAUCGUCCUUCGCUCAACACAAUUACCGCUUACCAAGUGCUGCCUCCACCGACGUUGACACCACCGCCCCCGCAAGACGUGGCGAUUUGACCUUCGGGCAAGUUUGA